AUGUCAUCUGUAUGUCCAGAUAGUAAUACAUUUUUAGAUUUUGAUUCAUUAAAACCAAUUGCAAAUCAUUUAAAUGUUGAUCUUCAAAAAGAAUUGUAUCGAUUUCAAGAAGCUUUUCCAUCACUUGUUACACUUAUACAAACUGCUAUAACAAUACCAAUAUCUUCAACGACAUGCGAGCGAACAUUUGCAAAAAUGAAAAUGAUUAAAACAACAGUAUGA